UAACUUGUUUGUGAUAAUAUUAUAAUUAAUGAAAUAACUUCAGGUAGUUGUUUCAAAUGGGAGAUUAUGUUCUUGUUCUGAGUACAACUGACAAAAACCUCCACAACUUUGUUAGCAAAAGAAUAGUUGACAGUGGGCAGACUGUUUCACAAUUUGACCACCCUGAAAUCACUGGACAUGCAGCAUUUAUUAUUGCAACUCCCAAGGAGUUAAUAAGGAAAGAAGCUGAGGGAUGGGGAUUUCUCAAAAGAGAUGAAAAAGGUUAUAAACGGGAAUAUUUGGAUGCUCAACAUGAUCUAUUUGAACCACCUUAUACUAGCCAGGGCAAAGUAAAAUCCCUUUUCUCUCCCUCAGAAGCUUCCUAUAUCACUCAUGAAUUGCUGAAAAGAGUGAAAAUAAAUGAGGUUCCUGACUUCUUUCCACGAUCCAAGUCAGGUGUGCACCCCAGUGAUUCAAUGAUUCUAGCCCUUGAAAGAGUUGAAAUGGUGAAAUGCUGGCCGCUGCAUUGUUCAGUGGAGGAGCGUGGUGUUGCUUGGCAGUUGGGCCCUCUAAAGAGAUCAUCCUGUGAUCAUAUUGAACACUAUUUUGGCUCCAACGUUUCACUGUAUUUUGCCUGGUUGACAAAUUACAUCGUGUGGCUUAUUAUGCCUGCUGUAGCUGGUUUUGCUGUCUUUGUGUACCAUUAUAUACAUCCCGAAAUUAAUGUCGAUAACUCACUGGUAUCUCCAAUCUACACAUUCUUAAUUAUUAUUUGGGGUGUGCUAUUUGUGAAUAGUUGGGACAGGAAAUGUGCUAGUCAUGUGUGUGAUUGGGGAAUAAAUCAGGUGAAGUGGAGGCAAGAAGUUCGUUCAGGCUACGUAGGUAGGAAAAGAAUAAGUCCUGUUACUGGGAUGCCAGAGAGAUAUUUUGAUCCUAAAGAAAGAUUGUUCAGAUACUGUAUUAGUGCCUGUGUCACACUCUUCAUGCUCGUUCUUGCAUUUUCUGUAAUGGUAAUCAGUUUGAACCUGCAAGGAUACAUCCACAAGUUUUCCUACAGUAAGAAUUACCUCUUGUAUCCCACCAUAUCCUGGCUGUGUGAUGAAGGACAGUACCUUGAUCCAACUGGAAAAGGGCCCAUGCCGUUUGUUCUCCUAUACAUUCCUGUCAUUUUCCAUGUGGUGAUUAUUCAAGUUCUCAAUAAAAUAUACCAAGUCGUGGCGAUCAACCUUACCAACUGGGAAAAUCACAGGUCUCCCACCCAACACGAAAAUGCUCUCUAUGUGAAACGAUUCUUCUUUGAAGCUUUUGAUUGCUACAUUGCCUUGUUCUACCUUGCCUUUAUUGAAAACGAUAUUGUGUUACUGCGGAGAGAACUUGUCAGCCUGUACACUGUUGAUUCUAUUCGAAGAUUAGCCACAGAAACCAUCAUUCCUCAUCUGACAAGAAAGGUGACAAGAGCCAUUUCAAAGGAAGAAGAAAACACCAACUGCAAUGAGAGAAUCGGUAAAGAUUAUGACAAAGAUCAUUAUGAGCAGUUUGAUGAUUAUCUAGAAAUGAUCAUACAAAUUGGAUAUGUGACACUUUUUGCUGGAGCAUUUCCUUUAGCUGCUCCCUUGUCAAUUAUCUGCAAUGUUCUGGAGCUCUAUUCAGACGUCUUCAAGUUGACUUACAUAACAAGACGGCCCAUAGUCCACAGAAUCACAAACAUUGGAGUCUGGUCUCUGCUAGUUAAGGGUAUAGUCCUUCUCUCUGUCUUCACCAACUUGUACAUCUUCUGCUUCACAUCAGAACAGCUGAUGACCUUGGCACCAUCCCUCUUUGAGGUGAUCCCUCUAGAAGCAGAAGAAGCUCUGAAGUCGGGUAGUGACCAUGUCCACGUGAUAGCAGAUGGAGCAGGCAUGAUAGUUGCCACUGUCAUGAUGUCUCUGGAGCACGUGAUCCUCUUUAUGGUUGCUGUUAUCUGGAUAACCGCACCUGACACAACUCCUAGUGUGGACGACGAGAUAGCUAGGAGAGAGUACUCCAAGUUCCUGGCAACUCACGGGACAGGUUCUGUAGGAGGGAUCAGUCUUAUGAGUAUGGAUAAUACGACCUUGAAGGACCUUACUACGACUGUUGAGGAGACUGCUACUGAAGAUGCACGACUGAAGAGUAGCUAGAAUGUCCUUCGAGCAGAAAACGACUUUGUGGAAUGAUUGAGUCGAUCUCACAUGGGAGUUAAUUUAUUUCAUUGUUUUAUUUUGGUAUUAAAGGAUUUAUGGUUUUUAAAAGGAUAGAGCAUGCGAAUCCACCACAACAAAAUGCAUGCAUUAUCGGAAAUAUCUAGUCAAUGAAUUGCAUAUUGUCAAUACACUUGGAAAUAUCUAAACGUAGUUAGUGGAUAUAACAAAUUCAUUCUUUAAACAGUGCAGCUUAGCAAGUUUUUAACGUGACAGAUCACUCUUGGUCUUUGACUGUUCACUUUUGAACAAAGUCGUUAAUCUUAAAGUACAAUAUUCAUGCUUGUCAAACGACGCUGCUUAAUUGCGUUGGCGUGUGUUAACUUUUAAGAGUGUAAUUUUGUUUCAGUUUUGUGAUGUUUCACUCUAUUUUUAAUUUUGAUAUCUUGUACAAGUUGUAUUUAAGUUUUUGCUUAAUUAAUUGUGAACUAAUUUCGAUGUCGGACUGCCUCAAGUUUUCGUGCAAGUUUUUUUGUGUGCAGUUUUUUUUUCUCUUAUGGUGAAACGUGUUUUAUCAAGUUUAUGAGUUUUGAUAAUGUGACUUUUGCUUGGAAUUGUUUUAAUAGUUCGAUGGAAUAUUUUUUACGGUUUUAAAACUUCGCAUGAUAUUAAUGUUAGUUGUUGUGUGUGUGAAAUGAUUAUGAAUUUAGAUUUGGGAA